AUGAAGGGAGUUUUCUUGAUUUUCAUCUUCGUGCAAUCUGUUCUUGGCACUCAUUUCCGUGGAGGAAUGAUUAGCUGGCGGCCAGCAUCCACUGCCGCUUCGGUCAUAGGCACGAAAAGAACCAUCAUUGUCGAUCAGAGAUAUACUUGGUCGAGAAGUGCUCCGGCUAGUUCGUGUACAAGUACAACGAUUACAACGUAUGGCUUAAUUGGGGAAAACGUAGUAUCCUCUUUGACAUGUCAAUCACUUGCAUCUACAUGCAGUGCUGUAGGAUAUUCGGGCAUAUCCACAUAUGUUCCAUGCACUGAUUACAAUACAGUUUUAGGUAUGUCCUUCGGUCAUAGCUCGACAGCAGUCAAUUUGACUGUUAAAGCAACGGGUGUCGUCAUUGGAUAUGCAGCGGGCGCUGCGUGGUUGACUUUACAAAUGGGCGCUGGUGGUUGGAGUAUGAUGGCAUAUAUUAACAUGCAACCACGUUCCGACAAUGGUAUAAUCAAUAGUUCGCCGACGUCAGACAUACCACCGAUUAUAUACGUCCCUGCGGGGGCAAAUGAAACCAAAAUUAACAUUCCCAUGAGUGAUGCUGAUGGGGAUGAUAUAGAAUGUCGUUUUGCAAAGGCAUCUAAUAAUCUAGGUGGAACCACUGUUAAUGAAUGCAGUGCUGUUUGCGAAACAGUAGCAUUACCGUCAUCAACACAACUGAUAUCGGGUAAUAAUACCUGUACGCUUAUUGUGAAACUACCAUCGAUCGGCUACUACGCUGUAGCUGUUCAAAUCGAAGAUUUUCUUGCCAAUACAUCAACAUUAUUAAGCUCCGUUCCAUUACAAUUUCUCAUUCUUAGUUAUGAUGCAUCGAAUCCAACAUCAAGUUGUACACAGAAGCCGAUCAUAACCAGUAUUCCGCCUGAUUUCCCAAUACCAGACGAUACAAUAACUAUUCAAGUAGGUGUUCUCUAUCAAGCAAUGGUCAUUGCAAAAACUGGCUGUGAAAAUGAUACUGAUGGAACUAUAUCUAAUUUCAUAACGACAAGCCCGCCUGGGAUGUUAAAAACUAACCUUCCGUUCUAUCUUGGAUCAGCGGGAUUCGCAAUUAAUCUCACUUGGACACCUAGCAACGAUCAACUUGGUCAAACAUACACGUUUUGUGCGGUGGCUGUUGACAGUAACUUCUAUUCAUCAGAUCAAUACUGUUUUAAUAUUCAUGUUGGGCCAAAAACGACCACCACAACAACGACGACAUCAACGUCGACUUCUACGACUAGCUCAACAUCAUCUACCUCUACAUCAAGUACUUCCACAACUAGCACAACUACUACAUCAGCAACGACAUCGACUACAUCAACAACGACAACAACAUCAACUACCGCAACAACUGCGCCACCGUACAAUCCGAUACCACUGAUACUCGGCCUAGGUCUUGGACUUGGACUACCGUUAUUACUCUUGCUUACUUGUCUAGCGUUAACUUAUCUUUGCCGAUGGUGUCCAGGCCCUCUACGAUCAGUUCUUCGUCAUCGCUUCGGAAAUCGUGACGAUAUGUACUGUUUAUAUUGUCGGCGAUCCGUUCAUUUCGAUGAUCCUCGCAAAUCAAACGAAAUGAAAUGUAGACCUUUGGAAGCCGCACGUUGCUAUCAAAAUUUAUAUGUUAACAACAGCGAAAGAGUAACUCCAAGUCAAUAUCGCGCACAGUACAUAAGAAUACAGCCUGAUCAAACGUCAAAUCAGUCAACGACAGCCUUUUCAGAUAAUGAGUCAUUCCUACUAAAUGAUUCAUUCUUUUCGAGAUCAACAACGCCCUUAGCCAGCUCGAAAACAACGACAUUUACAUCGUUUCAUUCACCUUCAACGAAUAGUCUACCUGCGGUGAAUAUUUCAAGUGAAUUAGCUUCUAACUCUUCAGUACUAGUUGAUGCAUAUUCAAGACAAAAUCAGCGAAUAUAA